UGUUACAAUGCAUUGGUCAAGGUAUGAAUGCUUCUUCAAACACUUGUUACACGACUUUGAACUGAUGCCUUUUUAGGUGCUCAUGCCUAGCCAUCUUUAUGCUGGAAAAGAAAAUAAUUAUAGUAUAUCCCGUUCUGCGGAAGCAUCCAUGAAAGGGAAAUCUCGUAAGAGACAGCUGAAGGAUCCUCAGCGGAAGUCCAUCUAUGGAGGUCAAGUGCCUCGAGUCUCCGCAGCAUCAUUUACUAUAUCAUGUUCUGAAGAGGGGCUGAACAAUUCGACAUAUACAUCCCCAGGACACAAUGGAACCGAAGAAAAGGGAUCUUUAGUCAAGGAUGAGAUGACCGACACUUACCCAGAAAGUAAUACUUACGUUCAAGGAAGAUUUGAUGGAAAGACUGAAACUUCCCUAGUAGAUGGCUUGGAGGAAAGAAUACGUUGCUUGGAUAUUACCUUUGAGGAUCAGCCAGUGGAAGCCGAUAUCGAAGAAGCAUAUAUACAGGGAGAAGCCUUGACACCCCCCGAAAUCAAGUUCUCCGAAGACGGCGAUAUGGACGACAACUACUGGACUUGGGACCAGAGCUCUCAAAGAUUCCGACACUGGGAUGCGGAACGUGGAGAAUGGUUAUACUUUCCUGAGAGAUUUGAUUGAAACGAUUUGAUGAAUUUUGGGCGGGUUGGGAUGUGUAACGGCCAACUUGAUGCAGUCAGCUGGAGGAGAACUCUAAGACCAGUCACUGUAGAACCCGUUUAUUGUUCAAUAUUUUCAUAUUUCAAUUUCAGCUAAGUACCACGUCACUUCACACUCUACACCAUAUGCUCCUCAUUCAUACCAAUGCCGCUCGUAAUCUCAUCAUUCGUCUUUCCCGAUCCCGUAUACUUCAAAUCAAGCCUUGCUUUCAGGCUUAUCCUUGACAGUCUUGUCAUCAGGUGAAAAGCUUAAACUGACGCUGUUCACACAGUGACGCUCAUCAGUGGGCGUGUCAAAGCCCUCGCCCUUGAACACAUGUCCUAGGUGACCGCCGCAGUUGGCACAUACAAUCUCUGUUCGUGCCAUACCGAAAGCGCGAUCCUCGUGACGGACAACGGCACCAGGGAUGCUGUCAAAGUAGGCUGGCCAGCCGCAACCAGAGCUGAACUUGUGGCUCGCCUUAUAAAGCGGAGCGUCACAACCAGCACAGGUAUAAACACCCUGCUCAGGAUAGUGCUUGUCAAACUUUCCAGAACCAGGAGGUUCGGUACCCUUCUCACGCAGGAUACGGAAUUGCUCUGCGAACGUUAGUUACUGUGUAGAAGAGAUGCUAGCAGUGCAGGAACAUACCCUUGUUGAGGACAGCUCGCCACUCGUCGUUUGAACGUUGAUCAGGGUAAGACAUAUUGGAAGAGUUCUUGGAUGAAGUGCCAAAUAAAGCGCCCAACAGAGGAAUGCCGGACAUAGAUCGAAGGGGAAUAGGUCGAAAGGCCAGGUGUGAAGGCAGAGGAGUUCUCACGCGGGUGAUAUUUGAGAAAGUGUAGAAGAGUGUGGAUAGUAAUGGAGAGAAGCGCAUUGAGAAAGGACUUGUAUAUGGUUAUUUAUAUUUGAUUGAAGACUGAGUUAUCAUUCAUGACCUUCAAGAGAGAC